CUUCGCUGCGCUGUGGAGCUGCGCUGGGCUGCCCGCUGCUCUGGCGUGGGGACCUGCCGCGACUCCCCGUCUUUAUGAGGAAGCGCUCUGCGCUAACCAGGCUAAUGCUAGCGCUAGUGCUACACGCCACCCGCGGCGCACCGCACAUGCUAACAGCUCGCUGAAGGGAGGAAGGAUGUCUGACUGAGACUUGCGCCAGGACAACUGCCGGUUCCAUUUCUGCCCCCCCCCCCAACCGCUCCUGCACCUCUCCUCCCCACCCCACCCGACACCCUCGGCUCUCUUUUCUCAAACGCUUGAGAAAGCAACUGGAUGGUGUACAGGAAAGCAAACCCAGCCGCUGGUGCAUUAUGGGUACGACUGCUAGUGCAGCACCGCAGCCAGUGUCACUAGCCCCUCCACACCAAGGUGUCCAUGGCAACGGGAUGGCCGACAACAGGCGAUCGCUGAGCAUGAACUCCUUCCAGACAGUCAGCAUUCACAACAACAAGGCCAAGUCCAUCAUCACCAAUAAGGUGGCCCCUGUUGUCAUCACAUAUAAUUGCAGACAGGAAUUUCAGAUCCAUGAUGACGUCCUCAGAACGAAUUACAAAGUCGGGCGAAUUUCAGACACGAUGCCUGAACACUACCUGGUGCAGGGGACAUACUUCAUGGUUCAGGACGUGUACGGCAAGGCGGACGUCUUAAACACUACGGGCAGCUAUGGAGCCCCAAACUUCCGGCAGGCCAGGGGGGGGUACCCCCUGUUUGGAAUGGGCCAGCCCAGCCUGGCCGGCUUUAAGCAGGUGCUCCAGAGGCUGCAGGGAGAGGGACAUCAGGAGGUUCUGUUCUUCUGUGUCCGGGAGGAGCCGGUCGUGUUCAUCCGCCGGGAGAAUGACUUCGUGCCGUUCGCUCCCAGGAAGAAGGAGAAUCUGCACGAGAACCUGAGCGGCCUGGGGACGGGCGUCACUGCAGAAGCGCUGGAGCUCACCAUCAGGAAGGAGUUGUGCGACUUUGCGAAACUCAACGAGAACGUGUACUACGUCUACAGCGACAUCGAGCACUUCAAAGACCAGCCCCAGCACAUCUCCAUCGCCUGUGAGGAGGACAUCCACGUCACGGAGGAGGUGUACAGGAGACCAGUUUUCACCCUGCCGUCCUACAGGUAUUACCGGUUACCACUGCCUGUGGAAGGUGCUCCCCUUGAAGAGGAGUUUGAUGCCUUUGUGAACAUUCUCAGGGAGAACCCAAACCUGCUGCUGACACGGGAUGGGUCCAGACCCCUCCCCGCCCUGGUCUUCAGCUGCCAGGUGGGAGUGGGACGCACCAACCUGGCCAUGAUCCUGGGCUCUCUGGCUCUGUACCGACUGCGAGGCUCGCCUGAGGAAGCCAGCUGUGUCAUUGGCAGAGCGGAUGAUGCUGGCGGUUCGACGCCAAAGCCUCUUUUCCGGGUAAUUGAGGCCUUAAUCGGCAAGCUUCCUGACGGCCAGCAGGUCCUGGAGGAGGUGAACAGGGCCAUUGACCAGUGCUCAGAGAUGCACGACAUUAAAGAGGCCAUCUACGAGAACAAGAGGAAGCUGGAGGGCAUCGGAGAGGAUUACCAGAUUCAAGGAAGCAGCACCAAACAGUAUUUCCUUCAGAGGACUCUGCAGAGUUUGGAACGCUACUUUUACCUGAUAGCCUUCAAUGCAUAUCUUCAUGAUCAGUACCCUCUUGCCUUUGCGUGUAGCUUCAGCAGGUGGAUGUGCGCUCGGUCCUGGAUGUACAGGCUGCUCUCGUGCAUGAGCGUGUCGGAGCUCUCCGCCCCGGCGGACCUGGUCACCAGGGGCGUGCGUGUGCUGGUGGCCAACGAGUUCCUGGCUCCGGACGUCCUGAGCACGGGCAAGGAGAUGAAGGUGGCCAACUUCCGCAGGGUGCCCAAGAUGCCGGUGUACGGCAUGGCCCAACCCAGCACCGAGGCCACGGGGACGGUGCUGGCGUACCUGAUGGACGAGAAGAGGAGGCACGCGCGGGUGCUGUGGGUGAACCUGCAGGAGGAGCUGGUCCUGGAGGGGAACGGCCAGGUCUUCACCCCCCGAGAGCCGUCCUGCCCGGAGCAGCCCAUCCCCGUCCUGACCAGCCACGCGGCGCAGAUCGAGGUGCUGGAGACGGCGGUGAAGGAGGAGGUGCUGCAGGCGCAGAAGUGGCUGGAGGUGACGCUGGAGCAGGAGAAGCAGAUGAAGAUGUUUAAGAGCUGUGUGACCGUGCAGGAGACCUUCAACCAGCACAAGAGUGUGCACGAGGGCCUGGUGUACUCGCGCAUCCCGCUGCCUGACUGCUGCGCACCGCAGGAGGAGGACUUUGACAGGCUGAUGGAGGCGAUGAAGAGCGCUCUGGCGGAGGACUCGCACACGGCCUUCGUCUUCAACUGCCUCAACGGCAAGAGCAGGACCACCACCGCCAUGGUGACCGCCACUCUCACCCUCUGGCACUUCAAUGGUUUCCCUGAGUUUGGCGAUGAUGAAAUCGUCAGUGUUCCUGAUGCCAAAUACACGAAGGGAGAGUUUGAGGUGGUGAUGCAGCUGGUCAGGCUGCUCCCGGAUGGCCACCGUAUGAAGAGGGAAGUGGACGUGGCUUUGGACACGGUCAGUGAGACCAUGACCCCGAUGCAUUACCACCUGCGUGAGAUCAUCAUCUCCACCUACAGACAGAUCAAGCCAGGGAAGGCAGAGCAGGAGAUGCAGCAGCUGCUGCUGAAGAGCCUGCAGUACCUGGAGCGCUACGUUUACCUCAUCCUCUUCAACACCUACCUGCACCUGGAGAAGAAGGACGCCUGGCAACGGCCCUUCAGCGCCUGGAUGUACCAGGUGGCUGCCAGGGCUGGGGUCUAUGACAUCCUGAACCAGCUGGGCUUCUCCGAGUUCGAAGACCCGAAGGACCGGCCUGUCGCCAGGCUGCGUUGCCGCUGGCAACCACAGCACGUCCGCAGCCUUCCGUUCAGGGGGGACUUCAUCUGAGACGGGAUCACUGUGAACCGCUGGACCGCCAAGAUCUCAGGCCCCUCCCCCGCCGCCUGCGCUCCACACACCCCCACCCUUCUCUCUCUCCCUCCACACACCUCCACCCGUCUCUCUCUCCCUCCACACACCUCCGCCCGUCUCUCUCUCCCUCCACACACCUCCACCCGUCUCUCUCUCCCUCCACACACCUCCACCCGUCUCUCUCUCCCUCCGCACACCCCCACCCUUCUCUCUCCCUCUGCUCCCCAUAAUAUGCUUUCAUUAAAAAAAAAAAAAAAAAAAAUUCCAUUAUAGAAAUAGUUUUAAUUUCAGACUUUUUUAACAGUUAUGGUGUGAUUUAUAUGCUCUUCAGUGUUUAUGUAGGAUGUUUUGCUCUGGCCUAACUGUACUGUACGUAUUGCUCAUAUUUUAAACGUGUGAAGAGAAAGGAGGUCAGGGACACACACACACACACACACACUCUGUCUGCUCACACUGCUGUUGACCUGUCUGGUGCCCGUAGCCCGAGACCGUGUGGCCUGUUACUCAUCACCGGUUUGAGACGUCACUGGGCUGCCACAACAGAGAGAGUUAGAAUAAGAUGUUUGUGUUUAAAGCCUUGAAUCUCAUUUCAAAGCUGUCUGUACAAUGCAGGCCAUGAUAUCUUUUAUUACUUCUUAUGUUUUUAGUUAAUUUCUUCUGUCCAUUCGGAAAAAACUGCAUGGAUACAACAGUGUGAGCACGCCUGCAUUGUGUAACUUGGGUAACUCUAAUGUUGGGGUACUCUGCCAGCCUGAAAGCAGUCAGUGAUCCCUCAUGCCAUUUCAGUAUUAUCUAAUCUAAAUCCCUGUGUACUCCCUUCCUCCCAAACUAAAACCCUGUGUACUCCCUUCCUCCCAAACUAAAACCCUGUGUACUCCCUUCCUCCCAAACUAAAACCCUGUGUACUCCCUGGUGGAUCGCUAAUCUAGACCAUGUGCUUGUAACUUCAUAAUCUUGCUGUCUUGUCCCUGGCUUGCGUUCAUAUUGAAUUUGCAGAAAACACUGCUGUCACUGCUUGUUUUUAUACUGCUAACCUGUUCCAAUCAUACUCCGUUUGUGCAUCUGCUGAUAAAUGUGAUGGUUUGUGUUUACCAUUUUUAUUCUGUUUAAAGAAAUUAAGUUAAUAGACAGAAUCGUAAAUUUAUAAAUCUGAGGAUAUGUGAAGAAAUCAUAACAUUAGUGCCAAACGUUAAUGCAUUCAAAAGAACAUGAAAGCUUCUCUGAAAUUUAAAUUCUGUAUGAUGCUUUUUUAUGAUUUUCUUGGUUAAUAUCAUAGAUAUGUCCUGCAUGUUGACAGAAAACAAUUCACACUGUAAGUAAAGCUCAUCCUGCUCUCAUGAA